AUGGACACCGCCGUUGAGCAACACCCAUCUCUCUCCGCCGCCAAGCAAGACCGCAUCCUCAUCUGGCGCCGCGAGGUCGCCUCGGCCUCCCUCGACCCCGACACCACCCACGACGGCGCCUCCUCCUCGGCCACCUCCACCACCACGUCCUCGGCAUCCUCCUCUUCCUCGUCGUCCUCGCGUGCCGCACUCGCCGCCGGCCGCCGCGUCCUCUCCAAGCUUGCCCACAAGCUCUCCAAAAGGUCGUCGUUGUCGUUGCGGCGAUCGAGUCCCGCCGAUGACGGCAGCAGCGGUCGAGGAGGGGUCACGAGGACGGCCAUGUACGCGACGCUGUCGCCCGAUUAUCGCCCGGGGGAGCUCCAUCUCAGCGACGACGAAGACGACGAGGGAUCGUUUCCGCCGGGCUUGAUUAGGAGGGCCAGCUGA